GAAUGAAUGAAAUCUCGGAUGUAAACAAACUAUAUCAGAUCUAAGAAAUAUCUUUUUAUUCUAAUGUGCAACAAAUAAAACCAAUAAUGACGAAACUGUGUCGCGUUUGCCUGCUGAAUUCCCAAGACAUGGUUAAUAUAUUCGAUGGAGAACCUGAAUCAGAAAUACCUCUAUCGGAUAUUAUUUCUCGCUAUACAAGAUUGGAAGUGAAAAAGGGCGACUCAUUUCCUGAGACAGUUUGCAAAAUGUGCCUGCAGGAUGCGCGGCAUUCGUAUACGAUUGGCAAAACCUUUUUCAACCACUUUCCAUCGGAAAGCCAGAUAUUUCCGUGUCAAGUUAAGGAGGAGUUCCUUGAUGAGGAUCCAAAGGAGGAAUGGAGCUUAAACGAGGAAUGGUUGCAAGACGACAAAAUUAAGGAGGAAAACACACAUUAUUUGGAUCCCCAAAUGAAGAAUGAUCCAUUGGAUACUAAUUUAAAGCAAAGUGGUCAACCUGAUGAACAGGGAAUAACACCUAGUAUUCGCAACCAAAAUUCCAAAGAUAAAAGCAAUCAUAAUACCGCUGGUGUUCGCUUAAAGAAAUCGGACAAGUGUCCCUACUGCGAAAAGACCUUUUGCACGCCAUCGUAUCUCAGGCAGCAUAUCCGUUUCCACACGGAAGGACGGCCAUUUAAGUGCGGCCUCUGCCCAAAUUCCUAUCGCCUAAAAUCCCAUCUCGUACGCCACAUUUUGGGCCACGCGGGUGCCCGACCCUUUAAGUGCUCCAUCUGCGAGAACUCCUUUCGGCUUAAGUCCCAUCUGAAAUGGCACACGUUGAGCCACAAGGGGGAACUGCCCUCUAGGUGUGAUCAAUGCGAUAAGUCCUUUCCGACUAAAGACAUGCUAGACGCACACUCAAAGGUUCACGUGGAAGAAAAAUCAUACCAGUGUUCCAUCUGCGAGGCAUGUUUUUCGGAUUUAUCAGACCUUGACCAACACAGUAGAAUUCACAUGGAGGAACAACCGUCUAAAAACCAAAGCCAGGUGCUGGAGAAGAUCCUUGAUGAAGAGGAGGUUACAAAAGAGAAGGAGAAUCUAGACGAGGAGUUUUUAGAUGAGGAUGUGAGCAAAAUAUCAGACAUCCAGGGUGGACAACAGAUUAAUUUCGAAGUACAGAAAGAGGACACUCAUUACUUCGAAGCCCAAGUGGUGAACGAACCCAUCAAAGACGAUUUGCAAGAGGAAGUCAAUGCUUUAUUGGAAAUUGCAGGUGAUCAACUCGACAAACAAGUACAUGAGGAUGACAUUGAAAUAGAAGUGAAGAACGAGCCCAUUGAAGGUGAUUUUCAAGGAGAAGUCGUUUCCUUAUCCAAUGAAAAAUUAAAAUACGAUGAAAUUGCGAAGGCCCGUCUUAAUUGGAAAAAUGUGUACAAGUGUUCCUACUGCCAAAUAAACUUUCGGAGCCGAGCUGCUAUGAUGAGGCACUUCUUAAUGCACACGGGGGAACGACCAUUUAAAUGCACCAAAUGCACGAAUUCCUAUAAAUCAAGGGACACCUUAUUGAAGCACAUAAAGUCACACGGAGAUAUGCCGUUCAACUGUCCCCAUUGCUCCAUGGGCUUCGUGCGAGAAGGGACUCUAAUGAAGCACCUUAGCACUCACACAGAAGUAGAACGGCCGUUCAAGUGUCCCUACUGCCACGUGGGCUUCGUGCAGGAAGCCUCUCUAAAGAUCCACCUUGGCACUCACUCAGAAGAACGACCCCACAAGUGCCCCCAUUGCUCCAUGGGCUUUGUGCAUGGAGGCACUCUGAGGAAACACCUUAGCAUUCACACAGGAGAACGGCCUUUCGAGUGCUCCCACUGUCCGAAAACAUUUCGGCUUAAUGAACAUCUUAAGCGCCACAAUAGGACCCACACGGGAGAACGACCCUUUCAAUGUGAUCAGUGCGAAAAGUCCUUUGCGGACAAGCCUACUCUUAGGGUCCACAAACGACUUCACACGGGCGAGCGGCCCUAUGAAUGCCCCGAUUGUCUGGCAACUUAUGUGGACAAUGGAAGUCUCAGGAAACACAGAAUGCUUUACACGGAAGAAAGACCCUUUAAAUGUGAUUACUGCGACAAGACCUUUAAGAAUUAUGUCUGUUUGAGUAAUCAUAUCAAAACUCACUCUGCAGAAAAGACGUAGUGACCCCGCUGGACUUUGUAGUCCAAAAGUCACGCAUCUGACAUGAAGCUUUUAAUAUAUUAGGAUAAAUCUAACUAAAAUUAAUUUAUAAAUACAAAAAUUGUUUUUGUACAAUGCUAAGAAUCAUACUUUAUUAUUUUGCCUAUAAUUAACCAUAUUCAUAAUCAUUACAAUUUAAUAUGGCAA